GGCGCAAAGUGCGCUGCUGGGCUCGACGCGGCUCCUACUCGUGAGUAACCAGCAUGCACACGCGCUCCCCUCCCACGACUUACGCCGACUGCGGAAUCUACAGCUGGGAAAGAAAGUCCCGGGCAGGCAGCGAUCGGGGCUGCGGGUGUCGGGUCUUUGGCUCCUUUUUAAAUUUUUGGAGGAGGAGAGAAGAACGGAGAUCGCCGCGCUCCUGCAACUUGGCCGCCCCGUCUGGACUCACCACCGGCGCGCACGUGCGGGCGCUCCAGCCGCUUCCCGGCUCGGCUCAGCCCGAUGGACGUGGCACAAGCGGCGGCGGCGGUGGCGCAGCUCCUCCCCGGCCCAGGCGCGCAACGCACGAGGCUCCUCCCGGCUCCGCUCGAAGCCGCAAGCGGGACGCCCUCUGCCGAGCGAGCGCCGCCUGCGCCCCCUGCCCAAGCGAGUCCAGCGCUGCGUUGAGCGGCCGCCUGCUCUGGUCUGGCAAGCUUCGCCUCCUCCCGGUUUCCUUGUUGCUCCAAGCGCACGAUCGCCAAGUCUUUUUACUGGGAAGCCUCCGGCGGAAAACGCAUUUGCGCUCCCCACCAAGAUUUAA